AUGAACCUGUCGUUCGUCGCACCGUGGAUGGCCACCGUCGCGGACGGCAACGCGUCGUUCGCGGGUGCCCACGAGCUUCCAGAUACCCACACCGAAGGCCCACUGGUGCUGUGGUUCAACCAGACGUGGAACAGUUUUCUCGAUCGCAUUGGUGACGACAACGUGACGCUGUAUGUAGGUUUCCUGACGAUAUACACGUAUUCCUUCUUCUGGCUCGUUGGCGGACUGUUCGUGCUGAUGGAUCUUACCAACUGGCCAAAGUCGCUGCGAAAGUUUAAGAACCAGCCCGGUGCCAACGAGCCGUUAGAGUGGGAUCGCUGUAAACACUUGGUGAAGGUGGUACUACGAAAUCAGUUCCUGUACGGUGUCCCGACGACCUACUUCGGGUUUAUGAUGCGUAAGCUCGUGUUCUUUGAAACACCGAACCCGCGCAUCCUGCCAUCGUUACCCAUCAUUUGCCGUGACCUGUUGUUCUGUAUCGUGUUCUGGGAGAUCACCUUCUACUACAGCCACCGGUUACUACACUCCAGCUUUUUGUACAAACGUGUCCACAAGAAGCAUCACCAGUGGUCCGCCCCGGUGGCCUGGGCAGCCAUGUACGCGCAUCCGUUCGAGUUCAUCAUCAGCGAUCUGCUUCCGGUGUACAUAGGGCCGGCCAUCAUGAGCAGCCAUGUGCUGACAUUCGUGGUGUGGUUCUCAUUUGUCAUGAUGGAUACGCUGGUCGAUCACUCCGGGUACCAUCUACCGGUGCUCGGUAGUUCCGAAAUGCACGACUUCCAUCAUCUCAAGUAA